GGGGGUAGUGUGAAUUUUCGUUGUGAUUAUUAGAAUAAUGAUUCCUAUGAGUUAAUAAUUGUAACUUUAGUGGCAGUGAUUAGUAAAAUAUUAAUAGAUUGUUGAAAUUAAUACCUUGAAGUUCCUAAUGUGGUAGUAUAUCGGUUUCCCGUUUCGUUUUUUCAUUCUGAUCUAAACAGAAAAUGGCCGACGGUUUUAGUGCGGGUGUCUCCUUUGUUUAGAGCUGAAUUUUAGUGAAAAUAAGUGUCUGAAGAAAUAAUGCCUAGUGCCUCGUUUUCCUCUUCGCGUUCUUACGUUCGUAGAUCGCGAAGAAAAGGCGGACAUCGAAUACCUCUACCUUCUCGAACACAAUCAAGUGAGCCAUGUGAAUCAGUCCCUUGCCCGAACAACGUGACAGGCAGUGCUAUGGCGGCUACGGCUGCUUGCGCCGGCCCCAGCGGCAGUGGCGGCGGUGGGUCCCCUCCAGUGCCGGCGGCCGCGCCCGCUACGACGGCCGGCCAUCACAGCCCCUACGACUUGCGCCGCAAGUCGCCCCCCGCUUACCACGAGCCCGGACCUUCGGGCACUUGCUCUCUACCCGCCAGGAAAAGGCCCAGGACAUCAUUGUCUCAGGGCGUGGAUGUGUGCAACGUGUCUCAGUAUCUACAGUAUGAGCUGCCUGAUGAGGUGCUCUUGUGUAUCCUGUCUCAUCUCACCGAGCGAGAUUUGUGUCGCGUCGCUCAAGUGUGCAAGCGGUUCAACACUAUCGCCAAUGAUACUGAGCUAUGCUGUAAGGAACUGCUACAAAUUCAUAUACCACCUUAUAGAACAUGCUGGAAAAUCGGUGCCAAUCCUGCUCAGCUGCUGGAAAAACGAGACCGCAACAAUUUAAUAGGUGUUGAAUCUAUAAAUGCGAGUGAGUCGCGAAGUGUGGCGUCUUAUAAUCUUGUGCCAUCCCCGAUUUACGAUACGCCAUUAAUGCACCCGGCGCCGUGCCAGUUUGAGUUCGUGCCCGCCGACGAGUGCGAGGCGGACAACCCGUGGAAGGAGAGCUUCCGACAGCUUUACUACGGCAUCCACGUUCGACCCAACUACCGUCCCAAGAAGGAUUCCAGGAUCAAACACUUCAACACUAUCAGGGCGGCUCUCGAGUACGUGGAGGAGCGCGUGGGCGGCAGCGGCGCGGCCACAAGCGGGAGCGGGGCCGCGGCCACGAGCGGAGCGAGCGCGGGAGCGGGCGCGUGCGCUUGUGGUGGGGCCGCGUGUUCGUGUCGCCGUCCGCCCGCGCCCCCGCCCGCGCUUCUGUUCGUCCACGCCGGCCUCUAUCAGGAGGAGUGCCUCGCUAUAGACGCGGACGUGCAGCUCAUUGGUUGUGCCCCCGGCAACGUAGCCGAGUCAGUGGUUCUCGAACGCGAAGCGGAGUCCACAUUGACAUUCGCUGAAGGCGCGAAUCGAGCGUACGCCGGACAUAUGACGCUCAAAUUCUCACCGGAUGCAACUAGUACUAUGCAGCACCACAAACAUUAUUGCCUGGAAGUCUCCGAUAACUGUUCUCCCACCAUUGACCACUGCAUCAUCAGGAGUGCCAGCGUUGUUGGCGCAGCGGUUUGCGUAAGCGGAGCGGGCGCUAAUCCGGUGAUCAAGCAUUGCGACAUUAGCGACUGCGAAAACGUCGGUCUAUACGUGACGGAUUACGCGCAAGGGGCGUAUCAAGACAACGAGAUAUCGCGCAACGCUCUCGCCGGAAUAUGGGUGAAGAACUUCGCGAACCCAAUAAUGCGUCGCAACCACAUCCACCACGGAAGAGACGUCGGGAUAUUCACGUUUGAGAAUGGACUGGGCUAUUUUGAGGCAAACGACAUACACAACAACAGAAUCGCCGGCUUCGAAGUGAAAGCGGGUGCCAACCCAACAGUGGUACAUUGCGAAAUACACCACGGACAAACGGGCGGCAUUUACGUUCACGAGUCCGGUCUAGGCCAGUUCAUAGACAAUAAGAUCCACUCGAACAACUUCGCCGGCGUUUGGAUAACGUCCAACAGUAAUCCCACCAUUCGCCGCAAUGAAAUAUACAAUGGACACCAGGGCGGCGUGUAUAUAUUUGGAGAGGGACGCGGACUUAUCGAGCACAAUAAUAUUUAUGGGAACGCAUUGGCUGGAAUUCAAAUCCGCACAAACAGCGAUCCUAUAGUAAGGCACAAUAAAAUCCACCACGGUCAACACGGAGGCAUUUACGUCCACGAGAAAGGCCAAGGGCUAAUAGAAGAGAAUGAAGUGUACGCUAACACUCUAGCCGGUGUCUGGAUCACUACAGGCUCCACGCCGGUACUGCGGCGCAACCGGAUCCACUCGGGGAAACAAGUCGGCGUUUAUUUCUACGAUAACGGCCAUGGGAAAUUGGAAGAUAACGACAUAUUCAAUCACCUAUAUUCUGGCGUACAAAUCAGAACAGGGAGUAAUCCCGUAAUUAGGGGAAAUAAAAUCUGGGGUGGCCAAAAUGGGGGCGUCCUAGUGUACAACGGGGGCUUAGGUUUAUUGGAGCAAAAUGAAAUAUUCGAUAAUGCCAUGGCUGGAGUAUGGAUAAAGACUGAUUCUAAUCCUACACUAAAGAGAAAUAAGAUUUUUGAUGGCCGAGAUGGAGGCAUCUGUAUUUUUAAUGGAGGAAAGGGCGUAUUGGAGGAGAACGACAUAUUUCGCAACGCGCAAGCGGGCGUUCUAAUCUCAACGCAAAGCCAUCCGGUGUUGCGACGGAACCGGAUCUUCGACGGUCUCGCGGCCGGUGUGGAGAUCACGAACAACGCGACGGCAACACUAGAGCACAAUCAGAUAUUCAACAAUCGCUUCGGCGGUCUGUGCCUAGCUUCGGGCGUGUCGCCGUUAGUUCGCGGCAACAAGAUAUUCAACAACCAGGACGCUGUAGAGAAGGCGGUCGGCGGCGGACAGUGCUUGUACAAAAUCUCUUCUUAUACGUCCUUCCCGAUGCACGAUUUCUACAGAUUCUUCUGCGACUGCGGUGCCGGUACUCUAUCGAACCAGUGUCAGCUCCAAGGCGAGCCCACUCAGGACACGGACACACUGUACGACUCGGCCGCUCCCAUGGAGUCGCACACGCUCAUGGUGAACUGAACCUAAACGCCCCACCUAACCACACCACACUAUACCACCAAUACAUUGCGAUUCAAACUAAAAAUACCCGCUGUUAAGUACGUAGCGCGAGUCACGGCGCAGGAAAUGAAAUGUAGCCGAUGUACAGUGCGACAAAGAUCUUGUGGCACUUAGGCCCGUAUUAAUCGAUCGCUCUCAACUAUGAGACUACGAUCUUGAGACACUCUUUUCAUACAAAGCAGCAUCUUGAUCGCGAUCUAUAAAUACGGGCCUUAGAAAACAUUGAUAGGAGGGCGCUGGUUGUGAAUUGAGGAUUACUUAGUGCAAGUAAGUACGUAAAAUCUCCUCACUUUUAGGGAACGUUAUAAUUUGUAAUAGGAAUUAUGAAAGGCGUAUUUACACCUUCCUAUAUAAAUAAAAAGGCUGAAUACCUUUGUAAAAUUAAUUAUUCCCCGAUUUCGGCCAAGUGCCACAAGAUCUUGGCCACACUAUAGACGCGGAGUAUCACCGAACUGGAAUCUGCGCAUUAUUGGUUUGCAGCUAACUUCAUAACCGCAGUAAAGUUUGAAUCGCACUAUACCAACUUUAACAAUAGAGGUAUAAGUAUAGAGUGGGGAAGGUGGCCCUAAAAGUGUCCGUCUAGUAGAAAGAGAAAGAAGAUGAGAGUCGGCUAGCUAUCUCUCGCUCUUGUGACGCAUGGCAUCCAUUGGCAUCACAUCGAAAUAGUAUGAUGUUUAUGGAUGCCAAUGCGCAUGCGCGAUUAGAGAGAGAAAGCUAGCAGUCUCUCAUCUUCUUUCUCUUUCUAUUAGAGGGACACUUCCACUUGUAGUAGAGUCUUAUAUCUCCCUACUCUAUUCUUAUACCUCUAUGACUUUAACUCACCCGGCGCACCGAACGUACGACGCUUAUUACCCUGUUUACGAAACGCCUAGCGGUAAAUCAAUGCUAAGCAUAUUUGUAUGCGUGAUUGUGUAAUUGAUGUAUAGGGCCCGCCGAGCUCGGGGCGACGCGUUUAUUUGUAACGUUUUUAACGGUUAACCUUUCGGACGCGAUUGUAAUUAUGGAUCUCCUAUAUAAUGUAAUUACGAGGAAACAUUGAGCUAAAUUAUAAUUAAUUAAUUGUUAUAAUUCGUGCCUAAUUCUCUUUGAAAUUUUGACAACAGUAUAUACUUCUCAUGCUCGAUAGAAAAUUAAAAGGAAAGGUCAUAUUUAAAGUUGAUCCGGCUGAAUCUGGCCGCCAUUGGAUUUAUGUGUUGUGAAAUGAACCUUAAUGUCCCACCUCAACCUAUUUCAAGUGAUUAUACCAUCAUACAGAUUAUCAACUAUUACUAGUGUAAGGGACAGGGCUAACCAACCAAUAUUAAGGUGAUCAACAAUGAUCUAUUUAUUGAAUUCGCUUAUUAUAUUUGGAUAUUAUUUAGGAAAUAACCACGCGUGCUAUGUAAAGUUGUAUUUUUAUGAGUGAGAUGUAGUUUUUUAAGCUUUCCGAUAGCUUUAACUGAAUAAACUAUGUGAUGUCAAGAAGAUUGUCUCCUUUUGUCCACUGUGACGUAAUUUGUGUAUGACCAUAACAAAAAAAAAGGAAAAAGCAAUAAUUUUAUACAAAAGCAAUAAACUCCAUAAUAUUAUUAGUAUCUCGGUGCCAUACAUGGCACUGCUAUGCGUUAGUUUGUGCAAUAGCGUUUGAAAGGUUAACGAGACAGAUUUGGACGACCAUUCUCAAUGAUUGUUUUAGGUGACAUUACUGAAAUGAAUGUUGUUGUGUAUGUAAAUAAAAUUAAUGUUGCCAGCCAUUGAUGCUUAAGUCUGUCCUAGGAAACUCGAGUUUAAAGAGUUAUCGCUUAUUGAGAAUGGUCUUGUUGUUCCUUGGAUAGAUUUUUAUUCUUAAAAAUAUUGUCUAGCCAUAUAUAAGACGCCUGAAAUGUAAACUAAGUUAAGACGCGACAUGCAAUAGAGAAUGCAGAAUACCGACAAUGGCACUUAGUUAAUGUAAAAAUCGGGGUAACUGUACAUUACUUGUGAUGAUUCCACUGCAUUCUCUAAGAAACGUUGUACAUGAAACUGUAUAUUUUAGCGAUUGGAAUCAAUAUGACAAGAUUUUAUAACAAGACUUUUAUCUCAAAUCCCUUUCCACAAUAUUUCUAUGACUUCCCAAAAUUGUAACUUUUCACUUUCAUUGAGCAUGUUGAAUUUAAAUUCUAAAAUAUGCAAGUUUGUGUUAGUAUUCUAUAUUGCUAUUAAAUAUGACUGUUUCAUUCAUAAACGAAAAGGAUCUGAAUUCAAUAUCUAUAUGCUUUGUCACUCUUUUGGGAAUAGAGAAAAACGAAACGUCAUUUGUGAAUGAAACUUUGGAUAUAAUAUUUUUUAUGAAUAAUCAUCUGUCUUGAUCCGAGAAUCUGUCUCUAGUUUUAGCUAUUGCUCGCCAUCGACGUUCCCUUGGCAAGCCGUCCUUCACCCUAGUGUAUUUUUAUUACAUUAUACCCCUCCUUCUCCCCCUCAAGUGGACGAUUUCCACCGAUCGUCGCGGAAGCCUCCUAUCGCUUUGUAGUUUACGAAACUUUUCACUUUUGUAAAGCGUCACACUAUCUGUACAUUGUAAGGUUUUGUUUUUUAAUCAUUGGUACUUAAUAAUUAUGUAUUUUGUCAAGUAGUGUCAUGCAUUCCCAAAUUGUAAUCAUAUUAUGGUAUCGAGAGAUCACACAUUGAUAUUUAGAAUAAUGUUAUUCGUUUUGUAAGAUGUAGGAACGUAUUAUAAAGUAUCUACUAUAGUUUCGUAAUUAUGAGGGAAAGGAUUUAUUUUUGUUUGCCUCGAAUGAAAGUUUUAUCGCUUUAGUGACUAGUAUUCGAUCCGGUUACGUGAGUCAGGAUAGUUAUGUUGUAUUAUAAUUAUUAUUAUGUUUAACCCUUUCACUUCUAGUAUCGAGUUAUGUCGUCAUUAAACUAUUAAAGCGGCUGCCAUAAAACAAAACCGCUUUAUCUGAUUGAACGAAAUAAUUCGUUGGCCAAAAUUCUUGUCAAAAUAUCUCAAAUGUAUGGACGUUUUACGUCUGACAAAAAACGCUAUACCUGUAAGGUAUAAACUAAGGCAAUACUAGCCUUAAAUAGUUGAUAAUAUUAGAUUUAUUUAUGACGUGUAAACUUGUUUUUAGUGUCAGUCGUGAAGGGGACUUUUUACAGCUACAAAAAAUACGGCAGCACUAUACAGUAUGAGAUAUUUUGUACUAAAUAUAUAGAAUAAUAAUCUUAUUUCACAUGGUCUGCUCUGAGAGGGUUACUUUUUAAUUUUUUAACUGACAAGGUUUAAUUUUAUUUUGGGCGUUCACCCCUUAGCAGUCCUGACAACGUAGUAUUUGUUGAGACGUUUUGGUUUAGUGAAGUGAAUAUGUUUAGUCGGGGUAGGUGGCGUCGUCGCUCGGCAGCGCCGGAGUGUAGUGGCGCAGUCAUUUUCUCGCAAGAGACUGCCUCGCCUAACUAUAUCGGCGCUUCUAACGCGCUUUGUAAAUAUUUAUGUCACACAAUAAUCGAAAAAAUGUAGCAAUUAAUGUAUUUGUAUCAUUAUAUUUUUAUUAUUGAUCACAACAUGUAUGUUUAAUUAUGGAAUUAUGUACGUUACGCUCAGAGGGUUUACAACCCGGCCCCGGGAUAUCAUGACGGCGCGCGAGCGCCGGCGUUAGUGUAUAAUAAAAUGCAAACUAAGAACGAAUGUGCGUAUUUAAUUGGAAAAGAUCUUAGGUACAAUUGAUAUUUUAUUAUAUUGUUAAUUUAAAUUUGGUAUUGAUAUCGAUCGAGAAGCAAUGUUAAGAAACUGGGAUGAGCCGUGUGUGAGCGGCCAGAGUGCUGAUAGUGAUAAGUUAGCCAAUAAGCUAUAUGAAAUCUAAAUUACUCAGUAAUCAUCACUAUUGCAAGUUUCGAAUUGUUAAAUCGUCUCUCCAUAGCACGGUAUGUUCUGAAUCUGCUUUUUUAUAAUCUGUGAUCAUCGCUAAAUGUGUAAGUGAAUUAUUUUAGUUGAUACCCAUGUGCAGAAUUAUUAUGUCAUCAAAAUUAUUGUGGCGCCGAUGCUUUAUAUAUAUGAAUGUGAAAUUUGUUAUUUAUUGAAUUGUCAGUAUGUUCUUAAUUUAUUGAAAUACAAAUCUGGAUAUUUUGUUUAUACUUACAUGAAAAUACCACUGUAAAAGCCGUGAUAUACAUAAUAUAAUAUUAUCAAUCAG